AUGGGCCCAUCCCCAAAGGAGGGGGCAAGGAAACGGAGACGGUCAAGGCGGUUUAGUGGCGACGACGAGGCCUUUGCGGGGAUCCCAACAGCGACGUCUUCGACACCAACACCGUCCUUGCCCACAUCGACGACUGCAGGUGGCAAACAGCGACGCGCCAUUGUGGAUGCAGGCCUCGAACUGGGCGUGGUCGUGGAGGGGGGUGGACGAGAAGGAGUACGAGGACAAGGACGUCGCGGAGGUGCACAGCAGCAAGGGAGGGAGCACGGACGGCUUGGAUCGGCAGGCCGGGCGCAGGCCAAAUCGGAGCCACUGCAGGGGGCUGAAGGCGACGGCGUUGGCGGAGACGAUGUGGGCAGCUUGAGCGAAGAAGAAAACGGCAAGCCCCCGUCCAACAAGUCAGACACUUCAGCUGGUGCGAGCAGUGCCAAUGAUGCCAACGGCAGCCGUGGUGGCCGUGGUGGCGCUGUCCGCAAGCCGAGCUCCCGGCUGUGA